AUGGGAGAGGCAUCGCCGGAGUCCAGCGGCGCGGCGGCCGGAGGGCCGUCUAUGCCGGGGCCGCCGAGGAAGGGGAAGUCGUGCAAGGGCUGCCUCUACUACUCGUCGGUGCUCAAAUCCCGGGGAUACAACCCCAUCUGCGUGGGGAUCCCUCGCUCCAUCCCCCAAGUCCCGGGCUUCGUGGUGGAAGAGCCUAGGGAGGAGGCCGCGGCGCAGGGCCAUGAUCUGAGACAGUUCAAAUACGCCUGCGCCGGUUACUCCAUGUUCGUCGACGACAGAGACGCCAAAAGCGGCGAGAAUGACGCCAAGGCGCUGUUGCCGUAUUGCCAGGGCCUCGAGCUACUGGUCGACAGCAGAAUGGUAGAGAGGAAAUCACAAGCCGUAGAGCAUGCUUCAGCACGUAAUCCGAAGCCGAAGGAAGGUAUCUGCUGCUGCUGCCACCCAGCCUCAGGAGCAAGGACAGCGACCACAGCUGGCGAGACAGGAAUUCAUGGCGAGGAAAGUUACCGUUCCAGCCCUCCCCUACCCUAUCUUCACGCAAUGAUGGUCUCCUCUGACUUUGUGAGAGAGUGGCUGUUUGUGGUGGUGCAGGUUCAGGAGGAGCGCCGGGCUGGUGGCCUCAGGGGUCGCCAAGAACCUCAACAAAACGGGCACCUACAUCAAGCAAAACGUCGAGGACAUAUUUUCCCCUGA